AAUUACUCUACCACAUCAACAAUUUUCUGUGCAGCUUUCUAACGUUUUUAUUUAGACAGAAAUUGUUUUAAAAAGAAGGUUACUUUGAAACCAAGGUUACAGUAGCUUUUUGGCCUGCUUGGCAUGGCUUUCUCCAACUCUCUUCUUUUCAGUUUUUGCAAUACCUGUCCCUGCCAGUCUCCAAGUGUCCCUAGUCAGCUCCACACUGAAGGGGAGGAGCUACUUCCUAGGGUCUCUUCCCAGCAUCACAGCCCCACAUCCCAGCGACCAAUGGUGUUGUACUCCUGGGGGCCAAAGAGGACCCUGAUUACUUUGUUUUGUGCCAUGUGAGUACUAUGUCCAACAGGAUGGCUGGUGGACGGGAGACAUGUUGGACUUUGAUUGGAUUCCUUCUUAUCUGUCUGAAAAUGGUUGCUUCAGCAAAAUCAGCUCCUGAAAUACCCACUAUUGAUCAGGCAUAUUCAAAAAUCAGCAACAGUAUCACUGUAGAAUGGGCUACAGUGCCGGGUGCCACCAGUUACCUCCUCACAGCUGAAGACGGGGACACAGUCAUUGAAACAAUGGUGGCCAAUUCCCCAGGCACUGUGACGGGACUAAAGGCUGCAACCUUGUAUGAAAUCACCAUCAGAUCCAUCAGUGCUGCUGGGAGAAGCCAGGCAUCACCUCCAAAGCAGGCAAAGACAGUGUUGGCUGCACCAAUUCUUGAAGUAAGCUCUCCAAGUUCAGACUCCAUUCUUGUGCAGUGGGAAGCUGUAUAUAUGGCAAUUGGAUUCUCUGUGUCCAUUAUGCGAGCCAAUGGCUUGGGGAGUAUAUGGAAAGAGAAUACUACAAACACCUCCUUGACAUUCACCAGUUUAGAAGCCGGGACUCUCUACACCAUAAAGGCCUAUGCAUGGAAUGCCAACGGAAUCCCUGGGGACGACUCCACCUGCAAUCAAAGAACAAGUCCUCGGGCCCCUGCCAACAUUCAAGUCUCUUUCGAUAGUGGAGCUCUGAAGGCAUCUUUUUCAUGGGCACUGGCAGAAGGAGCUUUCAAUUAUACUGUGAUGGCUUUGAGUGACUCUUCAGAGCUGACCUGCAGCACAGCUUUCAGUUCCUGCACCAUCUCUUCCCUCCAGUGUGGAACUGAAUACCUGAUUUCAGUUUCAGCAAGUAAUGAUGCUGGAUCUAGCAAAUCAUCUUCAACAGUGACCCUGAAAACUGUUGCUUGUGCACCUGGAAGAGUGACGAUCCAAGAAGAUCCCCCCGGCCACCUGUCUGUGGCUUGGUCCAAUGUAGAUCUGGGUGACUACUAUGUGGUCUUUGUGAAGAGUGAUGACGGCUUGGAAGUACACUGCAACACAUCUCUCACUGAGUGCAAUUUCUUAUCUGAGUGUGGCUUCACCUAUUUUAUUAGUGUUUUUGCCUAUAAUAAGGCAGGGCAAAGUCCUUUGGGUGACAUAUUCAAUUAUACCACAGCUCCCUGUUGCCCUAGUGACAUUAACCCCGUGUUGGUGUCCAGUGACAGAGUUGAGAUUGUGUGGUCUCCCGUCCGUGGUGCCGAACUGUAUGAAACCAAGGCUGCAGAUGGGUACAACACGGUUGAAUGCAAUGACACUGUUCCCGCGUGCACCCUUUCAGCUCUAGAGUGUGACACUAAGUACAACAUCACGGUGUAUUCAUUCAGUGAAGUCCGAGGCAGCAAUAUGUCAUGUACUCCCCAGUUCAUAACCACAGCUCCUUGCAGUCCUGAAAUAAAAAAUGUUUCAAGGGAUGCAUUCUCCACGAUUAAUGUGCACUGGCGAUCCACUAAUGAUGACGCUACUUACACUGUGACUGCCCAGGGGGAGAAAGGACUAUAUCAGUGCAGCAGCAUGGGAGAGUCCUGUACCAUGCGGGGCUUGCCCUGUAGCUCAGUGUUCUCUGUCACUGCUGUGGCUGAAACACAGGCAGGACGGAGCCUGCCCAGCUACAGUGUUCCCCUGGAAACAGUGCCGUGCUGUCCAACUGGUCUGACAGUAACUCAAAUCACCCAGUCAGUAAUCAACGUGAGCUGGACUAUUGGGAGAGUGGCUCAAACCCAUGUGGCAGUUCUGGAGUCACACACUGGACAGUCUAAGUGUCACACUCAUCAAAACUACUGCCUCCUGGGAUGCAUCACAUGUGGCGUCAAUUACACAGUGACAUUAAAAGCAAUUAGCGCCACGGGGUUGACUGCGGAUUGCUCCUACCAAAGUUAUUUCUCUGGUGCCUGCUGCCCUUUGGGGGUGAAAUUAUAUAGACUGGGCCCUAACGGCAUCCGGAUCUACUGGCAAGCCUCCAGGGGCUCUGCCAGUUACAGCACUGACCUCUACGGCUCCAAAGGCAUUUUCACGUGCACCCCGAGUGCUGGCCUCAGUUUCUGUGAUGUCACUGAGAUACCCUGUGGGGAUGUAUACACUGUGAUGGUCUCACCAGUUGCUGAAACAGGAUUGAAGCUUACUUUCUGUCCAAAAAAAAUAUAUUCAGGUAAAGCAAGUUAUGACAGUUUAUCUAAAACUAACCCUGAACUCAGAUCUGUGAAUUAAGAUGCAGUCAAACUUAUUUGCUAUGUAGGAAGGGCACAGAGGGUAUAAAAUUUCUUUCUUUCUUUUUUUGUUUUUUU